GCCCGGUCCCGCCCAGCCCCGGCUCGGGGUCCCGGCCCGAGGGCAGCCGCCCGCCGCGCCCGCCGCCAUGGCCAGCGGCUCGUACCACGUCUCCAGCCUGCUGGAGAAGAUGACCUCCACCGACAAGGACUUCAGGUUUAUGGCCACCAACGACCUGAUGGUGGAACUGCAGAAAGACUCCAUAAAACUAGAUGAAGACAGCGAGAAAAAAGUUGUGAAGAUGCUUUUGAAAUUGCUGGAGGACAAAAAUGGGGAAGUGCAGAACCUUGCUGUCAAGUGCCUGGGCCCGCUGGUGGGCAAAGUGAAGGAGUACCAGGUGGAAACCAUCGUGGAUACCCUGUGUGCAAACAUGUUGUCUGACAAGGAGCAGCUGCGGGAUAUCUCCAGCAUUGGACUGAAAACAGUCAUCUCUGAGCUGCCACCAGCUUCUGCAGGCUCCACCAUGACAGCCAACGUGUGCAAAAAGAUCACAGCCCAGCUGACAGGGGCCAUUGGCAAGCAGGAGGAUGUGUCUGUGCAGCUGGAGGCUCUUGACAUCCUGUCAGAUAUGCUGAGCAGGCUGGGGGGAACACUCUACUCUUUCCAUUCCUCCAUCCUGAGCUGCCUCCUUCCCCAGCUGACCAGCCCCAGGCUGGCAGUGCGGAAAAGGGCCAUCAUUGCCCUGGGGCAUCUGGUCCUGACCUGCAGUGGAAGCAUCUUCUCCGAGCUCACAGAGCACCUGCUGGCCGAGCUGAGGAGGAACGAGUCCACUUCAACCACCAGGACGUACAUCCAGUGCGUGGCUGGCAUCAGCAGACAGGCCGGGCACCGCAUAGGAGAACAUCUGGAGAAGAUAAUUCCUCUGAUUGUCCAGUAUUGUAACGUGGAAGAUGACGAGCUGAGGGAGUACUGCUUUCAGGCCUUUGAGUCUUUUGUGAGAAGGUGCCCAAAGGAAAUUGACCCUCACAUCCAUAAUGUGAUGGGGUUAUGUUUGAAGUACAUCACAUUUGACCCAAACUACAACUAUGACAAUGAGGAGGAAGAGAUGAUGGAAACUGAAAAUGGGGAGGAUGAAGAGCAAGAAAGCGACGACGAGUACAGCGACGAUGACGACCUGAGCUGGAAGGUGCGCAGGUCUGCGGCCAAGUGCCUGGAGGCCCUGGUCAGCAGCAGGCACGACCUCCUUCAGGACUUCUACAGAACUCUUUCCCCAGUCUUGAUCAGCAGGUUCAAGGAGAGGGAGGAGAAUGUCAAAGCUGACAUCUUCAGUGCCUACAUCUCCUUGCUGAAGCAGACGCUGCCCAUCCAGAGCUGGCUGCAUGCGUCAGAGGCUGCUGGCAAGGAGGACCUUCCCCUGACCAUGCUUCAGAACCAGGUCCCCAACAUUGUCAAGGCCUUGCACAAGCAGCUCAAAGAGAAGAGCAUCAAGUCACGACAGGGGUGUUUCAGCCUCCUGACAGAACUGGCCAGCGUCCUUCCUGGUUGCCUGGCAGAUCACAUCCCUGCACUGGUCCCUGGUGUUGUUUUCUCCUUGGCUGAUAAAUCCAGCUCCUCCAACAUGCGGAUUGAUGCUCUGUCUUUCCUUCAUGUCCUUCUUUGCAACCACCAACCUGAGGUGUUUCACCCUCACAUCAAAAGCCUGCUGCCUCCGGUUGUCACCUGCAUUGGAGACCCCUUUUAUAAGAUCACUUCAGAAGCUCUGCUGGUUACUCAGCAACUUGUGAAAGUUAUCAGGCCUUUGGACAAGCCCUGCACUUUUGAUGCCAAGCCCUACGUGAAGGACCUUUUCCCCAGCACUCUGAAGAGACUGAAGGCAGCUGACAUUGACCAGGAGGUGAAGGAGCGUGCCAUCUCCUGCAUGGGACAAAUCAUUUACAGUCUGGGAGACCAUUUAAGCACUGAUCUCCAGCCAACCUUGAAGAUAUUUCUGGAGAGGCUCAAAAAUGAAAUCACCAGAUUGACAACAGUCAAAGCAUUAACCUUAAUUGCUAGUUCUCCACUUAAAAUAGAUUUGAGACCCAUUCUAGGGGAAGGCUUUCCUAUUCUAGCUUCCUUCUUGAGAAAGAACCAGCGUGCCUUGAAACUGAGCACUCUGACUGCUCUGGACAUCCUGGUGAAGAACUACAGUGACAGCCUCAAGCCUGCCAUGAUAGAGUCUGUCCUCACGGAGCUCCCAGCAUUAAUUACUGAGAAUGACAUGCAUGUUUCCCAGGUGGCAAUCGUGUUCCUGACUACUUUGGCUCAGGUGUACCCCUCCUGCCUCUCUAAGAUCAGUGGCUCUGUUCUUGUGGAAAUCUUUCAGCUUGUCCACUCUCCUUUGCUCCAAGGAGGGGCUCUAAAUGCCAUCACAGACUUUUUCCAGGCACUGGUCCUGACGAAAACAGCCUCCAUGGGUUACCUGGAGCUGCUGAGGCAGCUGACUGCACCCAUCCACUCCUCGGGGUCAGCAGAGGCACCAGCCACCCUACACAAACAGGCCUAUUACUCGGCGGCAAAGUGCGUGGCUGCCCUUUCCUCAGCCUGCCCAAAGGAAACCCCUGCGACAGUGAACCAGUUUGUCCAGGAUGUGAAGAGCCCCAAGUCCAGCUCAGCUGUGAAAGUGCUGGCCCUCCUUUCCCUGGCAGAGAUGGGCCGCACCACCAACCUCAGUGCCCAGAGGGAGCUCAGAACUGUCAUCCUGGAGGCCUUCACUGCCCCCAGCGAAGAGGUGAAAUCUGCGGCUUCCUACGCCCUGGGGAAUGUCAGUGUGGGGAAUCUGAAGGAGUAUCUUCCCUUCGUGCUGAAGGAGAUUGGGAGCCAGCCCAAGAGGCAGUACCUCCUGCUGCACUCUCUAAAAGAAGUCAUCAGCUCCUCCCCGGCCGAUGGCCUUGAGCCUUACGUGGAGGACAUCUGGGCUCUGCUCUUCAAGCACUGCGACUGCACGGAGGAAGGGACACGCAACGUGGUGGCAGAGUGCCUGGGGAAGCUGACUCUGGUGAAUCCUUCAGAGCUGCUGCCCCGGCUGAAGAAGCAGCUGUCAUCAGGCUCUCCACAUGCCCGGAGCACAGUGGUAACUGCCAUAAAAUUCACCAUUGCAGACCAGCCCCAGCCCAUUGAUCCUCUCCUGAAAGGCUGCAUAGGUGACUUCUUAAAAACCCUUCAGGAUCCAGACCUGAAUGUUCGACGUGUGGCUUUAGCCCUGUUUAAUUCUGCUGCUCACAACAAACCUUCUUUAAUCCGAGAUUUACUGACUGCAGUCCUGCCCAGCCUGUACGAUGAAACCAAGGUCAGGAGGGAGCUGAUCCGGGAGGUAGAAAUGGGGCCAUUCAAGCACACUGUGGAUGAUGGCCUUGACGUGAGGAAAGCUGCUUUUGAGUGCAUGUACACGCUGCUGGAGAGCUGCCUCGACCGCCUGGACAUCUACGAGUACCUGAACCACGUGGAGGACGGACUGAAGGAUCACUAUGACAUUCGGAUGCUGACGUUCAUCAUGCUGGCCCGGCUCUGCACGCUCUGUCCCAGCGCUGUGCUGCAGCGGCUCGAGCGGCUGAUCGAGCCUCUCCGGGCAACCUGCUCCACCAAGGUGAAAGCUGGUUCUGUGAAGCAGGAGUUUGAGAAGCAGGAUGAACUGAAACGCUCUGCCAUGAGAGCAGUUGCUGCUCUCCUGACCAUCCCUGAAGUAGAGAAGAGCCCAGCAAUGGCUGACUUUUCAUCUCAGAUCAGAGCCAGUCCCGAGAUGGCAUCACUUUUUGAGAGCAUUCAGAAGGAUUCUGCUUCCCUGCCCACCUCAGAGUCAAUGGACAUGAGCUAAGGUCUGCUCGUUCAUGCCACCACCUUCCUGCCCCCAGGGGGACAUCAUCCAGCUGGACUCUACUGCAAGGGCCACUUGUAAGUCACCAGGUAUGGCAGCAGGGAAAGGCAGGGUCCAGCUGCACCUGCUGAGCCCUGAAGAGAUGUGUGAGAGGAGGGAAAUGCAUCCUUACAGAGGGGAGGGCUGGAAGAACAGUAAUCUAGUUUUUCAGCAAGUUGUUACAGGGCUUAAAAGGAAUCAAAAUUGAAUGUGGUUCUGAAAGAUUUCCUUACUGCAGUACAAAUAGUUUAAAAUGUCUUUUUUUUUAACCACUGCACAUGCACUUUCUGCCCCAAUUGCCUGAAGAUGUAUUUGUUUCACUAAUCAGGUCUGUGCCUCAGCAGCCACAGGCUGUUUGAGAAAGAGAAGCCUGGCACUGGCCAAGUGCAGGAGCUGCACAGGGACAGGCUGUUGCUUUCCACCUGGGCCCCAACCCACUGGGCUGUUAGCUCAGUGUUUCUGUGGUGUUUGGGCAACACAAAACUAUCUUGCUUGAUUUCUAUUCUAACGGUUUUGACUGCAAAAUACCUCAGCCAGCUGUCUUCCAGGGGAGGUGGUAACUCAGUCAUGGUACAGCACUAACCCUCGCACUGAGCUCUUUGCACAUCACACUGGCUGCUCCUCCUCUGUGGGGCAGGUUGGGGUUUGUGCUGAGCCCCCCGCAGCAGGGACCUGCACAGCCCUUGUCACCAAGCAGGAAAGCCAGUGCUCAGCAGUGCCACAGAAGCGACAGCCAGAGGUGCAAGCACCAGCAGCUGCACUGACCCUUCUGCCAUCUGAAACCUUCCUGUGUAGCCGCUGUUGUGUUCAAAUCCUGCUUUGUGUGGGGGAAAGAAGCCUUAAGAGAGAGGAUGUGACAGCAGCUGGGAGAGCAAGGCUCCCAGGACAUGCUUCUUGUAGCCAUGGAGCUGUAACAAGCUUUAUCUUUUGACAAGAAUGCUUGAUGUGAAAAGUAUUUAUAGUGCUGUGUGAGAGCCUCCAUGGUUGGGGUGGUAUAAAGAAUAAAGAAGUACCUGUGA